GAAUGUUGCCCUCACAACUUCCUAUUGGUCAGAGAGCUUCUCAUCCCCACCCUCCAAAAUUGCAUCUUAAUGGUUUUUUUUAUACAUAUAUAAUAGAGAGCUGUUCCUUAACCUGUUCCUUUUAUGUAAGGGAGUGAGAGCGAGGUGCCUGGGAGAGAAGAAAAUGCCUCACACUGUUAGCAUGCUGCUGUUUCUGCUGUUUCUUGGAUUCACUUUCCCGAUGGUCGCGAAGGGAAUUUUUAUGGACAAGCUGGCAAGCAAGAAGCUGUGUGCCGAUCAGGAGUGCUUAUAUGCCAUCUCCCUGGCAAGGGCGGAAGACGAUUACAACGCGCCAGACUGCCGAUUUAUUAACGUCAGAAAAGGGCAACUGAUCUAUGUUUACUCAAAGCUAGUGCCAGAAAGAGGAGCUGGAGAAUUCUGGGCUGGGAGUGUUUAUGCAGAGCAGUACGAGGACCAGAUGGGCACUGUUGGAUAUUUCCCCAGGAAUUUAGUCACAGAGCAGCACAUCUAUCAGGAAGCAAACGAGACAGUUUCCACGAAGGCCAUCGAUUUCUUCUGUGAAUAGAAGUCUGUAAAGUGGUCAACCAGGACAGUUAAAGAAAGGAAGUACAGAAGCGCUGAGCAAAAGAAGAUCUUCCGCCUUUCCUGUUGUAGAUUUUAGGGAAAAACAGAAAGUCUCUUUUUCCUAAACACCUUUUUUCCAAUAGAAAGGGUAGAAAAACACAUCAA